GCCCUGUAAAAAAGAAUUCUUGACGUCAAAACCAACGAAAGAGCCAACUGCCAAAGUGCGUUUAUACAGUGGAAGUUGAAUCUCCAUAUCUCCUUCCUUUUCAGUUGCGUUGCCUCUCUCUCCCUCUCUCCCUCUCUCUGGUUCACAGCAUUUCACUUUUAACUGCACCUGUAUCAGAUUGCAAACUUCAAAGAAGCUAGCUUUGCUAUGGCUGUAGUUGCUUCUGCUCCUGGUAAGGUUUUGAUGACUGGGGGUUACCUCAUACUGGAGAGACCUAAUGCAGGGGUUGUUUUAAGCACAAAUGCUCGUUUCUAUGCUAUUGUUAAACCUCUUUAUGAUGAAAUCAAGCCUGAUAGCUGGGCCUCGGCUUGGACUGAUGUUAAAUUGACAUCUUCCCAACUCUCCAGAGAAAGCAUCUAUAAAUUGUCACUGAAGAAUUUAAUGCUUCAAUGUGUUUCUUCAAGUGAAUCGAGGAAUCCUUUUGUGGAGCAAGCGGUACAAUAUGCCGUAGCAGCUGCACAUGUUACAUUUGACAAAGAUAAGAAGGAUGCCUUGAACAAGAUACUGUUGCAAGGUCUUCAUAUCUUGAUUUUAGGUUGCAAUGACUUCUAUUCAUACAGAAAUCAGAUUGAAGCACGUGGACUCCCUUUGACACCAGAAGCAUUGGCAGCUCUUCCUCCUUUCACAUCAAUUAGCUUCAAUGCAGAAGAAAAUGGACAAAAUUGCAAGCCUGAAGUUGCGAAAACUGGAUUGGGUUCAUCUGCAGCAAUGACCACUGCUGUGGUUGCUGCUUUGCUUCAUUAUCUUGGAGUGGUUGAUCUUUCAUCCUUGUCUAAAGAUGAGCGACCUGUAGAUGUUGAUAUGGUGCAUAUUAUUGCCCAAACUGCUCACUGUAUUGCACAAGGGAAAGUUGGAAGUGGUUUUGAUGUCAGUUCUGCAGUUUAUGGCAGUCACCGUUAUGUCCGCUUUUCACCAGAUAUUCUUUCUUCUGCUCAGGAUGCAGUGAAAGAAAUACCGUUACAGGAAGUCAUGGCUUCCAUCCUGAAGGGAAAGUGGGACCAUGAGAGGACCAAGUUUUCUUUGCCCCCAUUGAUGAACCUCUUAUUAGGAGAACCCGGGACUGGAGGAUCAUCCACGCCAUCAAUGGUAGGUGCUGUGAAAAGGUGGCAGAAAUCUGAUCCUACAAAGGCCGAAGAAACAUGGAGAAAGUUGUCAGAGGCAAAUUCAGCACUUGAAAUCGAACUCAAUAUUUUAAGCAAGCUUGCAGAAGAAAAUUGGAAUGCAUACAAAUGUGUAAUAGACAUUUGCAGCAAGCAAAGGCCAGAGAAGUGGAUAGAGCAAGCCACUGUACCAAGCCAAGAAGUAGUUUUCAAAGCGUUAUUAGGAGCAAGAAGCACCAUGUUUGAGAUCAGAAAUCAUAUGCGCCAGAUGGGUGAGGCUGCAGGUGUCCCGAUAGAGCCUGAAUCACAGACUCAACUUUUGGAUGCUACUAUGGGCAUGGAAGGAGUUUUGUUGGCCGGAGUUCCUGGAGCAGGAGGCUUUGAUGCAGUCUUUGCCAUUACGUUAGGGGACUCUGGCAGCAAUGUUACCAAAGCUUGGAGCUCGCUCAAUGUUCUGGCCUUGUUGGUCAGGGAAGACCCUCAUGGUGUUUCUCUAGAAACUGGAGAUCCCAGAACCAAGGAAAUCACAUCAGCUGUUUCCGCAGUUCAAAUUGAGUGAGCUAUAUUUGUGAUAAGUUAGGUCUAUCAUCUUAAUGGUAGCAAAUGUGAUUUAGAAAGAUUUGCUUUAGACGUUGUGAACUUGUUCAGUUUGAGAAGGGUUAAAAAUGAAAGAAACUGAUGAGCAAUAUCGAAGUAAACAGUAUCACUUGCAAUGCCUUCCUCCAAUAAUAUACGAUAGAGUGGCAUUUUUUUUCUC